AUGAUGCUCGUUGCGUCUGCGUGGCACUGGUCAUUUUUCCCCACCCCAACAGCUCGCACCACAUCAGAGGCUCAGCAGGCAGAGCAGCAGGAGCAGCAGGAUGAGGAGGAGGAGCAGAACGAGUUGCAGCGGUGGGCGGCGGCAGUGGGGUGGGGCGAGAUGAUGGGCGCGUACUCUGUACUGCACACAGACGACAACACCGACCUGCACCUCUUCUCCCUGCACGUCACACGCGGCCUCGCCAUCCUGGGACUGCUGCUGUGCGCGUAUCUGGGCCCGUCCUUCCCUGCCUUUGCGCCCUCGCCCUGGCACGGGUUCUCACUAGCAGACCUGCCGCUGCCGCUGCUGCUCUACACCGUUGGACUCUCCCUCGCCCUCGCUUACACCCAAGUACCCAGCGUGCUGGCAGCGAGCAACAAGGUGUACAUCCGAUUCUGCAAGAUCUUUUACCUGGGAUACUUCCUGCAAGGGGGCUUCCUGCACCCCAUCGGUGACACCACCUUUGGCGUCUCCCUUGAGAACACCCGCUUCUCUGGCAUGCUGCAGCAAGUGGCAGCAGCGUUGUUGGUGGUGGGGGUGUCGGAGGUAGCAGUGAUGAAGCUGUAUCGAGGGGCGCGCCGACCACCAGGCGUGCACCACCACGCACUAGGCUUCCUUAUUAACUGGUGUGUAGCGCUGCUGCUGGUGCUGUUAUACGCGUCCCUCUCCUACCUCCUCCUCGUGCCCUCCUACACUCUCUCCUCCACCACGAGUCUCCAAACCAACACCACUGUCAUCGCCACCAGUACCUCCGCGUCGCAUCUCACGUCGCUGCAUCAGGAGGGUGUGUGGGAGGGCGCAGGGGGCCAGUGGAGAGCGCUGCAGGGCGGCAUGGAGGAUGGUGCUGGUGGUGGUAGCACGGGAGUGCACGUGCACUGCGGGGUGAGGGGCAGUUUCUCCCCGGCUUGCAAUGCAGCGGGGUACAUUGACCGUGUGCUCAUGGGCCCCUCCCACAUGCUCUCCACCGCGCCCUUCCACUCGCUCCCUGAGUGCCAACGCACGUCACCUCCCCCCCCUGCUUGGUGCCAAGCACCCUUCGACCCCCAAGGGAUACUCAGCACGGUGGGGGCGUGUCUGGUGGCGUUUGCAGGGUUGCACCACGGCCACCUGCUCACCUACUUCAAUACUCACUCCUGGCGUAUCAUCCGCUCGCUGCUCUUUGCAACCGGUCUUCUCGCCACAGGAGUGCUGCUCUACAUGCCAAUGCCGCUACCCGCCUCCUCCCUGCCCUCCUUCCUGCCACAUUCUUUUCUCUCAGGCAUGCCAUUCAAUCCGCAGCUCUUCACCAUCAGCUUUGCAGCCGUCGCUGCUGCAGUUUCCUGCUUCCUCUUCUCCUUCCUCUUCAUCCUUACUGACGUGUACACGUCUGCACGCCCGUUCCUCACGCCCAUAGCGUGGCUAGGGCGCAACCCUCUCUUUGUGCUCGUGCUGGGUGUGUGCCGUCUGCUGGAUCUGCUGCUCUCAGGCUUCUAUGUCAACAACGACCCUGCUAGUAACCUGCUCUCUCUGCCGUAUGCAUUUCUGGUUGGUGUAUUGGGCAAUGGGACUCUCGCCACGGCUGCAGCUGCCGUGCUAGGCUGCAUCUUCUGGUGCCUAACUGCAGGGCUCACAGUGCGAUACAAGCACAUCUGGACCUUCUGA